AUGCAGUUCGACUUUGUGGGUUUUGUGCUUUACCUGUUGACGGCUUUAGGAGUGUACGCAAGUGUCAUAUAUUUUUACGAAUGUGCUAGGUCACCCUUAGCUAUUUUGUGGAGUGUCAUUUUCCCGAACCGCAAACCGCUAAGCGAGCGGUACGGACCUUGGGCUGUAAUCACCGGAUCUUCCGAUGGCAUCGGGAAACAGUAUGCAAUCAAUUUGGCCAGUAAAGGCAUGAAUGUCUUUUUGAUCUCAAGAACCGAAUCGAAGCUGUCUGAGCUUGCCGAACAAAUACGUUCACAAUAUUCCGUUGAUGUUCAGUGGAUGGCAAUUGACUUUUCCCAGGGAGUGGAAAUUUUUGAAACUAUUAGAAAAUCACUUUCCGGACUAACGAUAGGAAUACUGGUCAACAAUGUCGGAGUGGCUCAAGACGGUUUCUUCGAAUUUGAACGUAGCCCCAUCCAGGAUGUACAACAAACAAUAUCUGUCAACAUAACGGCCGCUACGAUGAUGACCCACAUGUUGCUGCCAGAGAUGAAACAACGACGACGUGGACUUAUUAUCAACAUAUCGUCCUGCGCCGGGUUAGCACCGAUGCCAUACCUUGCCCUCUAUGGGGCUUCCAAGGCAUUUCUAACUAGUUUUACAGCGGCUCUUUCUCAAGAACUUCGUGACUCCGGAGUCGAAUCUCAACUGGUCACUCCGAUGUUUGUGCGUACCAAUAUUAACGAGUAUUUACACAGCGUGCCUCCGUUACCACCCAUAACCUCGAACCGGCCAGAGUCUAUUGGCUUGGUAGCAGCAGCAGCAGGUACUGCUGCUGCUGGUGCUCCUGCCACCGUAGAUGACGAUGCUGAUGAGUCGCUUCAAAAAUGGAAGCAACAGCCGCAGCAGCACGGUUCGGGCCUGACUCGCUACUGUUUUACGUCCGCGGAUUGCCACAGGCAAAUGGGCAAACGGGGAACUGGUCCACCGGUGGACGAUCGUUUGAUCCCCGGCGCAUAA